GAUGGGGAGAGAGAGAGACUACAAAUUGAUUUUUUUUUCUUCUUUUCCUAAUCUAGAAGGAUUAAAAAUACAAAAACAAAAACUGAUAAACUGCUUAACGAUCAUACCAGCCUGAUCAUGUUAAUGCUGAACCAAACAGACGCGACCCCAACUUCAUUCAUUUUCAGAGGGAUCCCAGGACUAGAGGACAUGCACAUCUGGAUUUCCUUCCCAUUCUGCUCCAUGUAUGUUGUGGCUAUUGUAGGGAAUUGUGGACUCCUCUACCUCAUCCGCUCUGAGGACUCUCUGCACAGGUCCAUGUACUACUUCUUGGCCAUGCUUUCCCUCACUGACAUUGUCAUGUGCACUAGUUCAAUCCCUAAAGCUCUCUGCAUCUUCUGGUUCCAUCUCCAGGAGAUCAGCUUUAAUGAAUGUCUGGUUCAGAUGUUCUUCAUUCACACCUUCACAGGGAUGGAAUCUGGGGUGCUCAUGCUUAUGGCCUUGGACCGCUAUGUGGCCAUCUGCUACCCGCUGCACUAUGCAACCGUCCUCACCAAUCCUGUCAUUGUAAAGGCUGGGCUUGCCACUUUUCUGAGAGCAGUGUUUCUCAUCAUUCCCUUGAUUUUCCUCACUAAGCGCCUACCCUAUUGCAGAGGCAACAUAAUACACCAUACCUACUGUGACCAGUUGUCUGUAGCCAAGUUAUCCUGUGGGAAUAUUAAGGCCAAUGUUGUCUAUGGUUUAAUGGCUGCUUUCCUGAUUGGAGGCUUUGAUAUUUUGUGCAUCACAAUUUCCUACACCAUGAUCCUCUGGGCGGUGAUCAGCCUUUCAUCAGCAGAUGCUCGGCAGAAGGCCUUUAGCACCUGCACUGCCCAUAUCUGUGCUAUUGUUUUCUCCUACAGUCCAGCUUUCUUCUGCUUCUUUUUUAACCGCUUUGGAAGCCGUACAAUCCCUCCAUCUUGCCACAUCAUUGUGGCCAAUCUGUACCUUCUCCUGCCUCCCACAAUGAACCCUAUUGUCUAUGGGGUGAAAACCAAGCAGAUACGAGACUGUGUUCUAAGGAUUCUUUCAGGUUCUAAGGACACCAAACCCCUCAGUACAUGA